AUGUCACGCCUUUUGGAUGGUGUCACACCGUUCUUGCACGAAAUGCUGGCCGAAGGUGCGUCCUUGGUUCCCAGCUUGGAUGCAGGUGGUGGCUUGGUGCGCAACAGAUGCGGUGAGCUGGCCAAUGUGGCCGUCGGGUCGUAUCAACGGAGUGGUGCCUCCAGCAAAACACCCGUGGUGAAUCCGCCACUGGUGAGAUGGGGCUACGCAUCCAUUACCAAAACUCUAGUGGGGGUGGUGAUGCAAAUGCUCAUGGCAAAUGAAAGUUUGCCGCACAUUUCGUGGAGUCUUCCUCUUGAAAAGAACUCACGUCGAGCAGUUUGGGUCAACAAUACUUUACAAUACCCACCUUUGAGCAACUGUAUUCCUGAACUGAACACUCAAACGAACUAUGUGCAUGUCGAUGGUGUGCAGAUUCUAGCCCUCAUCGAGGAGACCAUUACUGGUGUGGAUUUCGGCACCUUAACCAAGUCCUUGAUCUUUGAUCCCUUGGGCAUGUCCAGUGCGGAAGUGCAGUACGCGAAUCCGGCCGGAGGUCUUUGGGCCACUUUAGGCGAUGUGGGAUUGUACGGCCAAUGGUUGGUGGAUGGCUAUAAAAACCAUCCGGAUGCGAUCGCCAAGAGUGUUUUGAAGCACCAGGAUUUUGUUGAUUUGAUGUCACCCAUCAAAAAGCAUGGAGUGGACCAACCAACUGGCAGGACUUUCGCCAUGUAUUCCAGGCAUGGGAAGCGAGUGGUGGGCCAUGGUGGUUGCUUGGGAGCCACCUUAAACCUCUUCCCCGACGACGACUUGGUAGUGCUCGUGGCUACUACUCCAGAAGAUGCGGCUUGGGGAACUUGUGAUCACACUGCGCCCUGGGCUGGAGCGAUGUAUACCGCAAGCAUACAGAUCAUUGGUGCUUUCACAGUGUCCUGGCUUUGGUACUGUCUUGCUUGUGAUCGAAGGCCCCUUCAUUUAUGCACCGGUCCCGUGGAGGGUAUGACACGGACAUGCAAACUCACCGACAACUUUCCCUUGGAAAGUAGCACCUUGGAUGUGCCUUACAAGGCCACGAGUUGCCGCGAAGAAGACUUUGCAGACAGGGUGAAGGACGCACUCUCCACUUAUUACGCAACUGGUCCGGAUUACUGGACCAAGGCCUUUGUCGUGACCGAUGACUGCCAAUGGGCGAUCAAUUUUUACAUGCUGGAUCCGUGCGAAUCCAUGCGUGAAAGCUUCAACUUUUGUGCCAAGAGCAGUGUGACUUGUGGCGUGUACUUAAUUGGCAAUCACACCUACACGACCUCAGAUUUCCCCUGUCGCUGUGGUGCCUGGGUGCAGGGCAGCUGCAGCCCCUCUCAACAGUGCGGGACGAAAAGCGUGGAGCUCAACAGCAGCUGCCUCGAGGGCGCCACGGCCACGGCAUCGACGUCAACGACGUCGUCCACAUCGUCCACGGCGUCAUCGACGGCACUGGCGCCACCUGGGAACGGCAUGGCAUCUGGACACAGCCCACCGCAAAAAGCGGUGGGGAACGCCGAUUGGACCGAGACCUUGAUGGUGCUCCUCCAAGGGGUGAUCCGACGGGACCUACAACUGGAGAAGAAGCCCAAUGGCAGUGCCUUUCAUGCCACUCUGCUGCAUGGAGAUGGGAUGAUGAGAAGGGAUACGCAUGUCCUACGUGUGGUGGAUGUGAAUACUUCAACGUGUCACAACCUACGUGGAUCUGAAAGAGCUGAGAGCGAGGCGCCGACCUUCGAUCCGAUUGUCAACCCUGAUGAACCGAUUCCUGGUGGUAGACGGCGCCGAAGACGUGGUGGAAGCCAAGUCAGUGAGCCUGCUGAUGCACUACAUGGCCCAGUUCUCCCAGAUGCUGCGGUUCAACGAGACGAUCCUGCAGAACUAUACCAACGACAUGGACAUGGAGAUGAUAUGCUUGAUGUCAUGCGACAGCUGUUGCAUGAAAAGCGAUCUACUGCAAAGACUGGUAGCGAGGCCUCAUGGAAUAGCAUGAGAGGGCCCGCACCUGGAGUGAGAUGGAGAGGCGGUGCUCCACCUUUGCCGCCGAAGUGGAUCUAUCAACAAUCAGAUCUACGAGCCUUUGCAAAGUAUGAGAGAAAGGUGAGAACUUGGGAGCUUCAGGCAAAAAGCUUCAUGACUGCCGCCGAGAUGGGCCUGGCACUCUACACAAGCUUGCAAGGUGAAGCUGAAGCUGAAGCCGAACACCUGGAGUUAUCCAAGAUCAACCACAAGAAUGGAGUCAGCUACAUCCUUGAUCAACUUCGAGGACCCCUACAACAGAAGGUGCUGUUCCAGAAGAGAAAACUGCUGGCCGACUUCGAGGGCGUUCGGCGCCACAAUGCCGAGACCGUCCGACAGUACGUCAAUCGAUAUCGCAGAAUCGAACGAGACUUACAAACCAUCGGCAUAGAGACCGGCAGUAUGUACGAUAGUGAAGCUCGUGGAAACAGAAUCCUCGAGCGUUGUCAGCUGUCUCCAGACCUACAACGACUGGUGCUGAUCGGAGCCGGGAACUGCCUGGACUACGAGAAGAUCACGGAGUCGAUGUGCAUGCAGUUUCCAGACUUCAAGCCAACUCCUAUGGUUUGGACCUCCAGUCACAACAGACAGCAAGCUGACAAUCAGACUUCAGCAUCUUCGAGCUCAUCCUCCAACCGGAGCUCUACUGGCACUUUCAGGUCUUCGUCUACUGCAACGUCUUCUGGAAAAGGACGUUUCACCGGAAAGGGGAAAUCACCAAAGACGUAUCCCCAUGGAAAAGGGCCUCCUCGCAGUGUCUUCCAAACGGAACAAGUCGAGGACGAGGCUGACAAUGAGGAAGACGAUGCAGAGGACUUCGAAGAUGCAGAAGGCCAACCUGAAGAUGGAGAAGAGCUGGAGCCGAUUCCUGAAGAGGGAGACGGUGACUAUGAGGAGGCAGAUGUGCCUUCCAUCGACGUUGACACCCUGGCCGAUUUAGCUCAGGUGCUCACCGUCACCUCCAAGAAGCUUCAAGCCUCAGUCCUUGGACGGAAGUUCACCGGACGGAAGUCGAUAGAAGAACGGAAGAAAACAAGCACAUGCAGCGCUUGCGGCCAGACAGGCCACUGGGCAGGCGAUUCAGCCUGUUCGAUGUCGGCAUCCAAACGCGAUGGCGGUGGAAAAGGACAAAAAGGCAAGCCAAUUGCAGCUGCAGAGCGCGCCUACAUCCCCAUCGAGAUGGAAGGCCAGAAGAUUUGGCAAACCAUCCGUGCUGGAAGCAUCUCUCGCGAGAUCAACUUUGGCAUGAACCUGAUCCUGAACUCAUGUUUGCACCGGGAGCUUUCAACAAAGGCUCAAUUCGUGAUUUGCCGCCCCAAGCCUUGCUGCCUACGGAUGUUCCGUGCGACAGCUCCAGAAUGGCUGAAGCGAUGGCAGAUACUGUAUGUCCUGGUGAUGACCAUCGAGAUCAGGGCCUACAAAGCUAUGUCGAGCAUGGUGCGCUUUGGACUGGCAACCCGGUCUUGGCUGACCCUGGACGAGAACAUCAAGGAGAUGGAGCGUCAACGCUCAGAGGUUGUCAACAAGAUGCCAAAGCAGGCCAAUCCAGCGACAUGCAUGCACCCCGAGUACAAGAGGACUACAACUUCCAAGUCCCGAGCGAAGCCCAAAGCCCGACCACAAGAAGUUUUCCUGCCAGCGAUGGAGGAGAUUUGGGAUCCGGAAGCUUAUCCUCCCGAGUCAGAUGGCGGCGAGGCCGACUGGUGGGAAGUUGGCAAAAACAUGGUCACGAGGGUUCACAACAUGCCACGCAAAAGUCUUUUCAACAUGGAUGACUUCUACAAUGGCGAACCUUGUCCAGUGCAUGUGAAACGACUGAGCCUGGAGUGCACAGCCGAGAUGAACUAUGAGGAUGGCAGGACACAAAUGCUCACCUACGAUUGGAGCACGUCCGGGGCAUCCGCUAUGAAACAAUACUGGACUGGGAAGACCAUCUUUCGCGUUCACCCUCUGCCUGAGCGACAUGUGUCAACCAAUCUGGAGCGGAAGAGCUUGCGACAUGCAGUUCGACAAGUUGCGCAUUUGCUUCAGGUUGAGCAUGAUGUGAUGCUGGCUGGCACUACAUCCUCCUCUACUUCAACAUCCUUGAAGAGCAGGCCACGGGUGGAUUUGUUAGAAACUUUUGCUGGACGUGCUGGAAUCACUAUGAAGGCUACCAAACUUGGUUUGAAAGCACUCCAACCCAUUGACUACAACACCGGCUAUGACCUUGAGAAGGCCAGCCACCAACAACAUGUGGACUAUCUGAUCGACCACUUCAAGCCCCUCUUCCUCGUGCAAGGCAUCGACUGCCGUGAUUGGUGUCUUUUACAAGACAACACCAACUACGUGAGACGCAAGAUCUUGCUUUUGAUGCGGAGGGAGAAGGCCAGGAAGUUGCUACGUCGAGUAGUUCGUUGGUGUGUUAAACAAGCUGAAGCUGGAAGGUUUUUCCUCUUGGAGAACCCUGCAACAAGUCGACUUUGGCUUGAGCCGCUGGUGCUGAGACUUUCAAGACUUCCAGGAGUCUACGCAGUUGUUUGCCAUUCAGGCGCUUAUGGCGGCACCAACUCCAAAGGCCAGAUGAUCAAGAAGAGUUUCAAGUUUCUUGGCAACUGCCCUUGCGUGCUAGAGCGACUGACCAGAAAACUUGAUUCAGAGCAGCUGCUUCAAUGUGUACCUUUGGUUGGAAAAGAAACAACUCUUUCACAGCAUUACCCUGAUGAGAUGAUCAAGCAGAUCGUGCAGGGAAUCAAACAGACCGCUGCACAACAUGAUCCAGAACGUUUUCAUGCUUUUUGCACAACAAGUUUUCAGGUGAUGGCUGUGAACACAACACCAGAUGAUUGGGUUCCCAUUUUUGAAUCUGCCCAGAAGUCCUUUGACAUGACACGACAACGAAGCUAUGUUCUGCCCACAUCAGACACGACAUGGAAGAUGGUUCAACAACUUGUGCAAUGGCAUCAGCUUGAACGUGUGCAGAUUGCGUAUCAACCAACCAUGCUGCGUUUGCCCUUGCACAUUCCUCAUACGCACCGUGGGUGGGCAUUGCUCUACAACGACCAGACCGUGGAAGUUGUUGAAGAGGACCUGGCGGAUGUGAGACACCCAAGAGCCAAGUUCCGCAAACCCGUGAACAUUGGCAUUUUCUUCUUUGGAUAUGCAACACCAAGUAGCCAUGCAAAUCAACCUGUUUCAGCACGACCUGAUGGACAACCUCUACAAGAACCAGCUGAAGAUGACCCACAAGCAAUUGUGGCUCACAACACAGAGGGCAUCACCUUUCCAAGGAUACCUGGUCUUUCACAAGACGUCAAGACCUUGCUUUCAAGACUUCAUCGCAACCUUGGACAUCCUCACAACAAUGAGUUGAAAAAGAUGCUUGCGAUGAAUGGCAUCAAAGAUCAGAAGGUCUAUGAUGCAGUUGAAGCUUUGACAUGCGAAUCUUGCUUGCGUGUGAGGGGACCUGGCAAACCCGAACCUGCAGGCAUUCCUCAAGAUGUGAGCUUGCAGUUCGGCGAUGUUUUGCAGAUUGACAUCGUCUAUGUCAGGGACAUCACCUCGACCAACUACAUCUUCUUGGGCAUCAUUGAUGAGUGCACGCACCUUCACAUGGCCUUGCACUUGAAUGACCGAAGUCCCGAGGAGAUCAAAGCUGAUCCCGACGGAAGCUUCCGUGGAUCAUUUGAAGCGGCAAUGGAUGAAGCUGGAACCUACAUGGACUACAUCCCUGCCGAGGCCCACAACAAGAUUGGUCUGAUUGAAAGGCACAACGCCACCUUGAGAGAGCUGAUGGAGAGAACCAUUGAUGCAAGAGCAGUGGUAGGACCUGAAGCCAUGGAACAAGCAGCCAUAGCAGCCUGUUUUGCAAAGAACUCCUGCACAUGGUCUUCAGGGCGACCUCCUUUUGUGGCAGCCUUUGGAAGAGUGCCACGCAUGGGCAUGAACCUUCUUUCAGAUCAACAUGGACUUGUAGCUGGUAGAACACGUGAACAAGCUCAACGCGAAGCUGACUACAUGCGUGCGGAAGCACAACAACAUUUGUCAGCGAUGAGUGUGGAUAGCAACCUACGGCGUGCCUUGCUGAGGAAGUCUACCUCCAACCAACUUCAAGAACUACCAGUUGGUUCCAUUGCAGCAUACUGGCGAUGGACUGCGAAAUCUGGCAAGAAGAGAGGUGGAUUCAAACUGGCUCGUGUUUUGGGCCGCGACCCUGACAACAAGAGCAUUUGGCUUCAAGCAGGCACCAACACCGUGAAGGUAGCACCACAUCAAGUUCGACCAGCACUUGGAUUUGAACAAUGGAAUCCCAACUACGACGACAUCAAAGCCUUGAGGUCAGCUGUUGAAAACCUUCAACAUGGCAUUCUUCAAGACGAGCAACUACCAGAUCCACCGCAAGGACAAGAACUACCUGGUUUUGAAGAAGUGCAACCUGAGGUGCAAGUGCCUCCACCUGUUGGGAUAGAAGAUGGCAUUCCCGAAGCACAUCAACAUGAGCUCAUUCCUGUGCCUCGGACACCUUUGCCCGAUCCAGCGCAACAACCUCCUCAACUUCAACUUGAAGAGGAAGCUACGCAAACGGAUCCAUACCAGCAGCAGCAGACGACCAUCAACAUGAACAUGUCGUCACCAACCUACAGACAGACCAUCAUCCAGAACCAAUCCUUUGGUAUGAAUGAAGCACAGCGCUCUAGACCCACAGUCAAUGUGCCUGUCAGGAAACGACAUGCUUCAAGGUCGAAAACACCGGUUCGACAACUACGAGCAUUGACACCACAUGGCGAAAGAGCCCAACCUGCUUCAGUACGACAGUUGCCUGAUGAACCUUUUCUAGAGCAAGCACAUCAACCUUCUUCAGUGCAACCGUUGGCGAACCCACCUUCUGUAUUGGCACCGUCCAAUCCAGCCGGUGGCAUAACGCCUCCACUAGAAACACCACAGACCGAAGUGAUCGUGGUGCAAGAUGAUGAUGACACUGCAGGGCAACCUGCAUCGUCUCAUGGACAACAAGUUCUACCACAGAGCCAGACCGCCGUGGCAGAUGACAUUGGAGAUCAAGCUCCAACAACACCAGAAGCAUUGCGGCUGACGCCAGCUAAAAGAACCUUUGAUGAAGCUGCAGCAGAUCAAACUUUUGAUGUAUCCUUUUUGCGACCAUUUCGAGAUGAAAGGUCGACCAAUUCAAUGUCUUCAACAAUGCAAGAUCACUACGUCGACUUCGACAAUGAUGAUGUCGACGGCAUGAUGUUGAUGGCUAGAGGAUUUGAUGGAUCACCAGAUGUCUACAUGCCGUACUCCAACAAGAGCUUCAUGACGGCAUAUCGCCAACAUGGCGACUACGAUGGCAAUGGCGACAGCGACGAAUCUGACGCUGAUGUCAAGGAUUUCCGUGGAGAGCAAAAGCCCAUUCUACCUACCUUGACCCGCCAAGAGAAGAAAGCCCUGGACAAAGAGAUCCCUUGGCAGAAUAUCAUGCGUAUGGAUGAAGCCACCAUCCAGCAGUACGUUGAUGCAGCAAAAGCAGAAGAGCGCUCAUGGCUCGACUUCAGCAGUGCGCGCCCCAUUUCCAAGAAGGAGUUGGUCCACUACGACCGAAGUGCCGCAUUGUCGCAGUGGGAUGCAGCGAUCCAGACCUUUGGACGCUUCAACGUGAGAGCGCGACGUCAAAACAGCCUUCCUCCAGGGAACACCCGAGCAGAGGUUUUGAAACAGAUUGGAUACCAACAAUCUUCUCUGGAUAAGAUGCUUUUCUACUAUUAUCAGAAGUUUGAAGGAGAAUCAGAACCUGUCCUUUGCGCUGUCAUCAUAGUGUACGUGGAUGACUUCCUGCUGACCCACGACAGCCGCUAUGAUCGCAAUCACCUGCUGAAGAUGUUCAAGUGGGGAAGCCAGAAUGAGCUGACCUUAGAGAACAGCCUGGACUUCAAGGGCAAGCGCAUUUCCUUGAAGCACGACCGCAACAACAAUGAGUACACCCUCAAGCUCGACCAGGAGAAGUUCAUUUCUGACAUGAAAGGUGGCACCGUUCCGAAGAAACGGCACAAAGAGACCUUGGAUGCCUCCGACCUGGGAGAGUUUAGAAGCGUGUCAGGAUGUUUGCAAUGGUUGGCUGGACAGACGAGACCUGACGUUGCUGCAACCGUCAGUCUGUGCAGCCGAGGUGCAAAGUCAACAUACGAAGACUUGCACAACAUGUACAUGGCUGUUGAGCACCUGCAUCAAACAAAAGAUCAUGGCUUGGUUUUGCGACCCGUGCCCAUCGACUAUUCCACGAUGAUCACCACCUAUGCUGAUUCCAGUUGGGCCAAUGCUGUUGGACAUGCAAGUCAACAUGGUGCUUUGAUUUUGCUUUCCAGCCCUAAGGCCACCGAUGUGAUUCAACCUGGACUCUUGGUGGAUUGGAAGAGUUCGAGAUCUACGCGCGUUUGCCGAUCCACUCUUGCUGCUGCAACCGACUGCCGUUCGCUUUACGAUGUUUUAGUUAGUGAGAAUCCUCGCACUGAGGACAAGAG